UUGGUUUAUUCCCAGGAACGCAAUUAUUAUUUGAUACAUUAGGGCCUUCGGAGUAGCAUAAAACGACACGCACGAAACCCUGCUUACUACAUUUGACCCAAUACUGUAAAGAUGAAGCUCUUGCUUGCUUGUGUUGCAGCAUUCAUCGUGGUUUGUCGUGCUUCUUACUAUGGCCAAAGCCUCGUUACGUCUUGUGAGGGAGAGUACAACUUCACUGAGGUUACUCUACAGAAUUGCAACGAAACGUGCGUUGUUUCUGCUGGGUCUCCCCUUCACCUGAACUUUACUGGGCGCAACCACGAAGAGCACCCUGUUAACGUGUCCGUAUGGGCACAUAUUCGGAGCUUGAACCAUACAUGGGACUCAUUCUACUACAACAGCACUUGUGAAAAUAAAGAGAACAAAUUUCCCUGCACAGCGGCGCCUGGUCAAACCAUAACCGGCCAGGUUAAAAUCGACAUUCCUAAAGAUUUUAAAAAGGCAUUCACAAGUUUAUACUUCUAUCUCGAUGGCAUCGGAUGUGCUAUAAUCCGCAUCAUAGUAUCCACUCUCCCUUCGGAGAAAAGUUCAGUGUGAUUACGA